UAUUUAUGAAUGGAUGGAUAUAUAUCACAUUUAAUUGAAUGUAAUGUAAACAAAAAUUAUUGUUGAUUCAUUUAUUUUUUUUUCUGGUCAAAAAAAUGGCAAAAAUUUUUCUAAACAAAGAUAAUUGCCGACUGAUUCGAGUUCUGUUACAGUAUCGUCAUAUGUUUUUGUAUCUCUUGAAACAUUAUGCCAAUGAAAUUGAUAAUUUUUUACAAGAAUUAAAAGAUGAUGAUUUCAAAGCAAAUCUCGAAUACUGUGAUAAAAUUUUCCGUGAAAUCACAUCCACCGAUGAUGAUAAAAUGAAUCAACCAGACAAGUUUAUUGUUGAAUUGAUUCGACAAACUGAAUCGUAUUAUGGUUCACAUGAAGAAUUGAUCAAUAUUGAUUUGGUUCAAAAACUUGGAUUAAAUUCAAAGAUCAAUCAACAACGUCAAAGAACAACGCAAAAACGUAAACAAACUGAUUCUGCACCUGUGACAAGCAAGAAAAAAUGUUAUCAGGACUCAGAGAAAAAGGAAAAUAGCAGAAAUCUUAACUCUACCAUACUGAAUGAUGAUGAUGAUGAUUUAUUCGGAUUAGCAAUGAAAUACAUCUGUUCAUAUGGCUGUCGAUAUCGUAGUACAUCAAAGGAUAAAGUUAACAAACAUGAACAAAUUGUACAUAGUGGUCAACGGCAUAAAUGUUUGCAGAAUAAUUGUACUGAGCAAUUUGAUUCGGUAUUUGAUCUGGAAAAACAUUUGAAACAAUCUCACAAUAUUUUCCAAUGUUCAAACGAAAAAUGUGCAAUAAUUUUCCGGAAUGAAAAUGAAUUGAAACGACACCUGAAAAUGGAACAUUUGAAAGAAUACUUGACAUGUAAUUCAUGUAAUAAAAACUUUCGAAACCGUAAAGCAAUAUCGAAACAUAUCUAUCUUGUACAUGAUACUGGUCAUUAUCGUUGUGAUCAUGAUGGAUGUGAUUUUUUCACUUCUUAUCGCGGUGAUCUAUUGACACAUAAACAAUCGAAACAUAUGCGUAAAAAAUGUGAAUUCAAUGGUUGCGAUCGUUAUAUAUCCAUUACAUAUUACACAAGACAUUUACGAUCACACCAGAAUAUUCGUUCAUAUCAAUGUUCAUGGCCUGAUUGUGAGAAAUCGUUUUUCGACAAUACUUCCUUGAAAGAUCAUGUUCGUGUACAUUUAAAUUUUAAACGUUUCCGUUGUAAAUGGCCCCAUUGUAGUUAUGCUUGUGAACAGAAAACCAAUCUGAUUACACACAUACGUAUUCGACAUUUUAAGCUACCACAUACGAAAAAACGUCAAUUGGAAUUGAAUAUUUCGAUGGAUUCAUUUCCCAAUCCAAAUGAAUAUGUUGAAACGAUUAAUGAAGAUAUCUCUGUCAAUACACCAACAAUUUAAAUAAUUGAUUUUUUUUCAAAUUUAAUUGAUUAAUAAAAUUGAUGAUGAUUUUUUGAAAACUCGAA